GUAGCCUGGUUUCGAGGAUUUUAGGAAUCGACGGCCACCAGUUCACAAAUAAUGAAUUAAGCUGGUUUUGUAGAGCAGUUGGGUGUUAAGAGAACAAUCAAGAUGAAUGGAAAAGCACUAGCUACAGUUUUUAUGGUAGUGGCUGCAUUGAAUGCUGUCAAUGCACAGGCAGAUACCAGCACCACAGACUCUACAACAUAUUCCACAGUUGCUGACUACACAAAUGUUACCGAUGCACCCACCACAACAAAUGUUUCAGUAUAUACUAAUGGAUCGACAGACCCUACAACAGUGUCCGCUACAGGUGUCUCAGCAGGAACAAAUGCAACUAAUGGCAUCACAGUGGAAUCCACUGCCAAUUCAACAACGGGCACCACUGUGGAAUCAACAACAGGUGUCACUACAACAUGGACCAAUGUCACCAUCAGAUCAACUGCAGGUCUAACUUCUGAAUCAAGUACCACUGCCACAUUACCAGCAAGUAAUGUCUCAAGUCCAGCAACAGGUUCAAUUACAAUGGCGGCAUCUACAGGUAACACGUCAGAACCGUCACCUAGUGCUCCUGCUACAUCAACUACAGGUAUCCCACAGGGAACAUCAACAGGUGUCAGUAAUACUUCAUUACCUACAGUAAUCACAUCUGGAAUAUCAUCAAGUCCUUUGUCUGGAUCAACUACAGGUAUUAUACUGGGAUCUUCAACAGGAGGUACAUCAGGAUCACCAAGUUCUCCUGCUGGAACAACAGGUAACACAGUGGCAUCAGCAAGCCCAGGUGUCACAUUAGGACCACAAUCAAAUCCUCCAGAAUCACCUACUGUUCCAACAUUGGGACAAUCAACCAGUGUUAGUUAUGCACCACCGUCUACAGGCAUUACAACAGGAACAUCAUUAAGUCCCCCUACUGGAUCAGCUACUGGUAUCACAUUUGGAUCACCAACAAGUGUUAGUUAUGCACCACCGUCUACAGGCAUUACAUCGGGAACAUCAUUAAGUCCCCCUACUGGAUCAGCAACAGGUAUCACACUUGGAUCACCAACAAGUGUUAGUUAUGCACCACCGUCUACAGGCAUUACAUCGGGAACAUCAUUAAGUCCCCCUACUGGAUCAGCAACAGGAAUCACACUUGGAUCACCAACAAGCGUUAGUUUUGCAUCACCAUCUAUAGGCACUACAUCGGGACCAUCAUUAAGUCCUCCUACUCAGUCACCUACAGGUAUCACAUUAGGUCCAUCAACCAGGGAUAGUUAUGCACCAACAUCUACAGGCAUUACAUUGGGAACAUCAUUAAGUCCCCCUACUGGAUCAGCUUCAGGUAUUAUAAUUGGAUCACCAACAAGCGUUAGUUAUGCACCACCAUCUACAGGCAUUAUAUCGGGAACAUCAUUAAGUCCCCCUACUGGAUCAGCAACAGGUAUCACACUUGGAUCACCAACAAGUGUUAGUUAUGCACCACCGUCUACAGGCAUUACAUCAGGAACAUCAUUAAGUCCACCUAGCAGGUCAUCUACAGAUAUCACACAAGGACCACCAACAGUUUCUAGCAAUGCAUCAGCAUCUAUUAGCAUUACAUCUGGACCACCAUCAAGUCCAUCAUAUCCAACAGGUACAGCACUAGAAAAAUCAACUUUUAGUAACGCACCAGCAUCUACAUCUGUCAUACCAGGACUAUCUCCAAGUUCUGCAAUAUCAAGUACAAGUAUCACACUUAUACAACCAACAGCUAGUAACAUAACAGCAUCUACAGUAGUCACAUCAUACCUACCAUCCAGUAGUCCUGUCGGAUCAACUACAGGUGUCACACCAGGAGCAACAGCAAGUGCUGGCAGUACAUUAGUAUCUACAGUAGCCACAUCAGGACCAUCACCGAGUUCACCUGCUGGAUCAAAUACAGUCAUCACACAGGGCCCAUCAACAGGUGUUAGUGUUAUAUCAGCAUCUACAGGAGUCACAACACAACCAACAUCAAGUCUUUCACCAACAGCAGUUGCCACUACCACAGCAGCUUCUGAUGUAAAACAAAUAAGCUUUACCAGCAAUGAAAUAUUUAGUUCUGACCUACUGAACUCAUCUUCAGCUGCCUUCAUCCAGCGUUCAGAAAGGGUCAAAUCAGAGUUGGAACCAGUAUUCAAGGCAAAAUUUACUACCUUCUUCAAGCUGACGGUAAUUAGUUUCAAGGCAGGGUCAAUCAUCACACUUAUGAAUUUAGAGUUUAGUGCUGGAAGUGCACCCAAUGACACUGAAGUUGUUACCACUGUACUAAGUGCAAACACAUCUCUCAGUAUCAUAGCAGCUAGUGUGAUAACAACAACUACAUCUACAACUCAGAUUCCAACAUUAUUGGUGUCCACCACAACUACCACAACUCAAGUUCCAACAACCGCAACUACUGCAACAACUGCAACAACUGCAACAACUACUCCAUCAACUGCAACAACUACUACUACAACUACUACUACCACAAGAACUACUACUACCACAACAACAGCAACAACAACAAUAGCUGCACCAACACGUCCACCCCCAACAUUUGCUCUACAGAUUGUCAUACAGCAAGUCUAUGUGGUACAGCUGAGUGACCCUCAGAGUGAGCAGUUCCAAAGCUUAGCCAGCAUAGUGGUAGUAUCAUUGGACAAAAUCUACAAAUUACAAUAUGGGAUUCUCUUCGUCAGGACCGUUGUGAUAGCUUUUAGACCUGGGAUCACACGUGAUCAAAACGUAGAAGCAGAUGUCCAGUUGAUAUUCAACGAGAACUCCACAAAACCCAUCCCAGCCGCUACUGAAAUCGUGAGCACUCUGAAAGAGGCUAUAUCAAAUCCAAACUCAGGUUUCACAUUGCCAGUGGAUCCCACCUCCAUUACUGUUGUCAGUUCUCCGAAGAUUGUCACUGUGGUAAUUUUCACGAAUGGCACUUUUGUAACGGAUCUCUCAAAUCCCACUUCAGCUUUAUUCACAGCCAGGUCAUCAAUGAUCAAAACAGGACUCGAGCCUUUUUUCACUGCUGACUAUCCUUCAGCAUUCAGUAGCUUGGCACUGACAAAUUUCAGUGAUGGAGGUUACAGCCUUACAUUGGAAAGAAUGAUCCAAAACUCUAUGGAUUUGUCUUUUGGAGCAUCUGCUACACUGCCCAACACCACCCAGAUUGGACAAACUAUAAUUAGAGCAGCUAAAAAUAACAGCCUCCCCUUCCAGAUCUUCACCUCAAAAAUCAUAGUAAAUGGCACUGGCAUUACAUCGGGAACAUCAUUAAGUCCUCCUACUGCAACUACUGCAACAACUAUUCUAACAACCACUAGUCCAACAACUACUACUACAACUACUACUACAACAACUACUACUACAACUACUACUACCACAAGAACUACUACUACCACAACAGCAGCAACAACAACAGCUGCACCAACACGUCCACCCCCAACAGUUGCUCUACAGAUUGUCAUACAGCAAGUCUAUGUGGUACAGCUGAGUGACCCUCAGAGUGAGCAGUUCCAAAGCUUAGCCAGCAUAGUGGUAGUAUCAUUUGACAAAAUCUACAAAUUACAAUAUGGGAUUCUCUUCGUCAGGACCGUUGUGAUAGGUUUUAGACCUGGGACCACACGUGAUCAAAACGUAGAAGCAGAUGUCCAGUUGAUAUUCAACGAGAACUCCACAAAACCCAUCCCAGCCGCUACUGAAAUCGUGAGCACUCUGAAAGAGGCUAUAUCAAAUCCAAACUCAGGUUUCACAUUGCCAGUGGACCCCACCUCCAUUACUGUUGUCAGUUCUCCGAAGAUUGUCACUGUGGUAAUUUUCACGAAUGGCACUUUUGUAACGGAUCUCUCAAAUCCCACUUCAGCUUUAUUCACAGCCAGGUCAUCAAUGAUCAAAACAGGACUCGAGCCUUUUUUCACUGCUGACUAUCCUUCAGCAUUCAGUAGCUUGGCACUGACAAAUUUCAGUGAUGGAGGUUACAGCCUUACAUUGGUAAGAAUGAUCCAAAACUCUAUGGAUUUGUCUUUUGGAGCAUCUGCUACACUGCCCAACACCACCCAGAUUGGACAAACUAUAAUUAGAGCAGCUAAAAAUAACAGCCUCCCCUUCCAGAUCUUCACCUCAAAAAUCAUAGUAAAUGGCACUGUAAUAUCAUCAAGUGAAGUCAGCAGCAAGAUCAGCGUGUUCACAGCGAUCUUCAUGGUGGCCAUCUCACUUCUAGUCACAUGGUCCAGCUAAGAAUGAUGAUGUCUACCAUUCACAUUUAUUCCUGACUUUAGUUCUCAAAUGCACCAACUAUUUGCAAGAAACCUUACAUUGGGGCCCCAUAGUUUAACUCUAAAUGCAUCAUAAACACUGUUUAUUAAAUUAAUCCAUUGUAAACUGAGAAUAAUUUGCGUAAUGUACUGACAUCACUGUCAGUUACCAUUAAAAAUUGUGAUAUUCACACUGAUACCCAGGUUGCAGUUUGCUUUCCGAGCCCCAGGAGUUUAUUUCUAGGCCUUCUACAAAUAUUUUUGGCAUCAGUUAAAUCUCCUGACAUGCAUGAAACCUUCAGAAUACUUUAGAAAAGUAAAUUAUGCUACUAUUGGUAAUAAUGGUUUAUAUGCAGAUAUAAGGAGUCUAGUUGUGGGUAAAGAAAUAAAAUGGUCAUUUAUCUCUACAUCCUUAAGGAUAUCUGUACCUCUGCUACUGCCAUCAGAUGAGCGAGAGCUACAUAAUGAAUAGUAUUCAGUAGUUCAGGCAUGUCAUAACUUUUAUAUAUUUUAAGAAGAGUUCAUGAGUGUUAAAUAAAAAUGAUUAAUUCUGUUUUGUUGAAAUUACAUUGUUAUGGGUCAAUAUAUGAGCACAUGUUAUGGGUCAAUGACAAAGUGCAUUUACAAGAAAGAUGAAAAAAAUUGUUUUUAUACUGAAUGUUUGAGUUCAAAGACAGAUUUAUAAGGGCGUCCAAGUACAAAGCCUAGUUUAUACAUUUUUUGGGUGGUAAAUUUGAAGUCCUGAUGAAAUCUGUUUUAAAUUUGGUAUAGAUUAAUUCAUAAAUAAAAGAAAUUAGUGUAUUAAAUAGAUUCUUGCAGAUGCAAAGAUGCAUAAAUUAUUUACAUUUUUAAAUUUAACCCUAGUACAUAAUAUUGCAGUGUAUUAUUGUACCUCUGCUACUGCCAUUAGAUGAGCUCCAUGACUGAGCUCUAUGAUGAAAGGUAUGUAGCUCUAUCAUGUUAAUCCUGUUUUAUUUAUAUAUAUAUAUAUAUAUAUAUAUAUAUAUAUUGUAAGAAUUAAUUGGAUUUGAGUUAAAUUGACUCUGAUUUAUUUCAUUUGCAUAGUCAUAAAACACUACGGAAUGACUAACUCUUUGUAUUUCUGUCAUUACUGUGAGCUGUACAAUCAUGUGUCUGUGUUGCAGCAAUGAACUUAGAAAGGCAAAAGAGCUAUUCUUCAGGAAAAUAACAACGGUCUGAGUGGUGAGAAGGUUUUGAAUGAAAAUGGCCAAGUAAAUGAAAGUACAUUGUAUUAAUUGUUUCAAAAUAAAAAGUCCAAUAUCUA